AUGGCUCGCCUCGCUUUCACCGCAGCUGCUCUUGCAGGAUUCGUGGUCGCCGCCUUUGCAUCUCCCGUCGUCAACAACCUUGGCAUGAAGAAACGCGACUACUCCGGACAGGCUACAUUCUAUUACCCGGACGGCGGUGAUGGUGCCUGCGGGUCGUCGAUUCAGAACAGCCAGUAUGCAUUGGCUCUCUCUUCGGAUAUUUAUAACGGCGGGCAAUACUGUUACGAUUAUGUCACUAUCACUAACACUGAUACCGGCACCACCCAGACCGCCCAGGUCUUGGACGAAUGUCCGGGAUGCGGUGAAUAUGACAUCGAUCUGACUAUUGGUCUGUUCGAGGCUUUGGGCGGCACCGUGGAUGAGGGUGUCUUCCCUGUCGAGUGGUCCUUCAACUAG